UGUUUAAAUAUGAGAAUUUAUAAUUUUAUUCGUAAUAUUGACCGGAAUGAAUCGACACAAACAGAUAUGUGUCAUUGGUCGAACUAUUCCACUCGCUAAACUAGCACACCUGCAUAAACCUGUCCAGUGGAGUGGGCUUCUUAUUCCUUACACCGUUGACUUGUCUUUUUUGAAGCAAAUAAAUGUACAAAAAAAAAAAGUUGAAUAUAUACGUAAAUAAGCCACCACCAGCUCCACCGCCGCCCACCACCACCGCUCCACAUGUUGCUUCUGGCAUUUCCUCCACCCGCACACCGAAUCAAUCAAUUCCCCCCGCAAAGUAAAGUGGCCACCAAACGCCACCAUCGCUAACCCAAUUUCCCCAUCCUCCUUUCUAGAUCGCAGCACCCUCUUCUCUUCUCUUCUCUCCCAGAACAAAACAAAGAAGAAAUGUCCCCUCCUUCCUCUCCACCGCCGCUUCCUCUUCCAGCUCCAUCGCCUCCUCCCUCCUUCCCCAACAAGAAGUCUCAGCCCAUCCCUUGGACCCAACAAGAAACCCUCCACCUAAUCCUAUCCUACCAGGACAAAUGGUACUCCUCCAAGCGUCGGCACCUCAAGUCUCACCAGUGGGAAGAGGUCGCCAUCACCGUCGCCACCCGCUGCGGCUUCGAUUUCACCUCCCCGGAGGCCAAAUCGGGGACCCAGUGCCGCCACAAGAUGGAGAAGCUCCGGAGCAGGUACCGGGUCGAGCUCCACACCGCUUCCUCCGCCGCCCUGGGUUCCAAUUGGCCCUAUUUCACUCUCAUGGAUUCCAUGGAGCGUGGUGGCCCUCCCGCCCCCAUUUCUGCUCGCCCUCUGUCUCAGGUUGCCCGCCGGGAUCACGACGGACUGUCCGCCGCUGCAGCCACCGGAGGAUAUGGGAGCGGCGGCGACUACUACGGCGGCCAAGAUGAGGAAGGAGAAGGAGAAGAUUAUGAAGCCUACUACAACAGGUCCCGCAGCAUAAAUCACAUAAUACGGAAGCCUAGCAUUGUGAACAGGUUUCCAGGGAGCAGCAAUUUAGGGUUUCUUCAAGACGCGGCAGCUACGAUGGGAGCAAAGAGGAAGAGAGGGGAGGAAGAAGAAGGGAAUGAAAAGGGGUUUGGGUUGGUGGAUGAGAUAAAGACGUUCAUUGAGAAGAUGAAAGGGGUGGAGAGGAAGAAGAUGGAGAUGUUCAAGGAAACAGAAAGAUGGAGAAUGGAGAUGGAAAGGAAAAGGGUAGAGAUGAUGUUAGCUUCUCAGAGGAAGAUUCUUGACUUGAUUGCAGCAGCAGCAGCAGCUGCUUCUUCUGAGCGCUAGCUAAUUACAGUGGUUCUUCCUUGCAACUAAGGAUUGUACUUUCGAUUUGCACAAUCUUACUAGGUAACUCCAAAUAGUGAUUGAUAUUCUCUUCAUUUGUCUUGUGUUUUCAACAGAAGACAUCGUUAAUAUACGAAAGCUAAAUCAAAUCCUUGGUACUUCAUCGGACAUUCCCUUCAUGGAUUCAUGUACAAAAGUGAGAUCUAUUUGUAAAACUUAAGAAGUUUAGGUAUCUAAAAAAAAUAAUUUUAGAUAUUAAAUAUAAAGACCUCUUAAGUUUAGGUAGCAAACUGCAAUUUGAAAAUGGGUAUGGGUAUAAAGUAUAAACCAAAUUCAUGGAUUAAAAAUGGGUUAAUAUUUUCGUAUGGCCUGAACUUUGAUCAAAAUAAACAUCCUGGCCAAUUUUUUCGAUCUAUAACAUCCUGUCCCGAACUAUACACCAAAAUAAACAAUUUGGCCAAACCCGAUGCUUGACCGUUAACUUGGACGGUCAAACGCGUUGACUAACGGUCAACGCGCCACGUCACUGCCAAAUUAGAAGAUUUGAUAAAUAUUUAAUUUUUCUUGUUUUUUAUUUUUGGUUUAACUAAGGUAUUAGAUGAUUUUUUUAAUUUAUAACAGUUUAAAAUUAGGGAAUGUGUGGAAAUUGUGAAUUAUUUUAAAUAUUUUAUGCUGACUUGGCAGUGACAUGGCGCGUUGACUAACGGUCAACGCGUUUGACCGUCCAAGUUAACGGUCAAAAGUCGGAUCUGGCCAAAUUGUUUAUUUUGGUGUAUAGUUCGGGCCAGGAUGUUAUAGAUCGAAAAGAUUGGCCAGGAUGUUUAUUUUGGUCAAAGUUCAGGCCAUACGAAAGUAUUAACCCAUUAAAAAUCCACCAAUCCAAACAAAUAGGAAUGACUUAUGAGUACAAACUACAAACCUAUCAAACUCUACCCAUUUACCAUCUAUUUGGAUCGCAUAUAAAACCCGGUUGAACUCUACCCAUUUACCAUCUAUUUGGAUCGCAUACAAAACCCGGUUGAUUGGAUAGUAAAAUACUCAUGCAUAUGGACAAAAGUUUCAUCCCUAAUCUAGUCGCUACCGGCCAGACAAGAAGAUCGAUUUGCCCUGUAACAAAGCCAACCUAAACAAUACACGAAGGGUGAAGAAAACUAGGAAGACAUCUCAAAAUACCUGAUAUAAAAAAAAUUCUCAAAAUACCGCACUACUAUGGCUCACCAACAAAGUAAGUAGUUCGCUGCAUAAAAAAGAUAUGAAUUAGGGAGUUCUUGGAUGGAUUAUCAAAUUUUAAAGAUAUAACGCUAUUUAAUUCGGACGAGUCUAGUUAAUAAGAUGAAACUAAAGGCGUUUUGCCUCAUGAACUUUGUACUGCGCAUAUCCUUCCACUAUUAUUACGAGAUAUUAGGAGCACAAAUCCCCUUACUGUACAAUUUGGACUUGGUACUAAGAGUUUGUACUCGUCAUGUUUGGUAAUUAUGACGCGAUUAAGCGGUUUAUGUGUUUAUCUUACUAAACCAAUCAAUCGCAUGUCCAUGUACAUUACAAGACAUUUGUAGCACAAAUUCCCCUUAUUGUACGAUUGGACUCGGUACUAAGAGUUCAUACUCGUGCAUGUUUGGUCAUUAUGACACAAUUAAGCGGUUUAUGUGUUUAUAUGACUAAACCAAUCAAUGAUCACAUGUCCAUCAACAAUACGAGACAUUUGGAGCACAAAUCCCCCUUAUUUUAGAGGGUCGACUUACAGGUCAUUUCAGGUUAUGAGCGCUCUCGGAAACACUAUCAAACAUGCUUCAUAUUUUCUUAAAGAACAUAAAGUUUUACAUAUGCAUGACAAUAGUUUACCUAACACAUGUCAAUUAACAUAUUCUUAAAUCCUUCCAUGCUUAUGAAAUGAAAUGCAAAUUGCGGA